UUAUAUUUUUUGUUUCUGCAAAAAAUGUGCAAGAACAAAAACUAUCCAUCGCUCGCAGCAAAUUUUUAUUCCAAGAACGCUCGCGUGCCAUGGGCAGCAGCAUUGUUUUGAAUAAAAUGGAACAAGUUGCAAAUAGAUUCCUGAUGAAAAUUAAAUUGGAGGAGUUGCAGCAAGGUUUUGACGAGCCGACAAAGUUUAUACCGGCUAGAAGUUUCCUGGAAGCCGUCGAAGACAUGAAGAAGUCGAAAGUUUUUAGAUUGUUGAAGGCGCUGCCCAAAGGUGCGGUUUUGCAUGGACAUGAUUCAGCGCUCAUCAGUUCCGAGUUUUUGUUCAAAAUGACUUACGCUAAAAAUCUUUGGGUAAAAGUGAAUGAUAAGAAUGAAUUUCAGGAGUUUAAGUUUGCUAAAGAGAAGCCUGGGAUUGAUGGAAAUGAUAAAUGUCAAAGUUGCCAGUGGAACAAUCUAGUGCAAUUGCGGGAUACCAACACAAGUACGAAAGUUGAUGAAUGGUUGAAACCACAAAUGAGUCUGAAUAGCCAGCAUGCAGGUAUGGAUGUCAACACUAUUUGGAAGCGUUUUAUGCUCCAGUUCAAAGUGGUAUCACCUUUAGUGACCUAUAAACCGGCCUGGUGGUAUAUUUUAUACAAUACUUUCAAAGAAUUUUAUGAAGACAAUGUCAGUUACAUGGAAAUCCGUGGACGUUUUAAAGAGCUGCGUGAUCUGAACAGUAGGACCAUGGAGUCUCUACAAGUAGCCAGAUUUAACCGGGCGGUUCUGAAAUCUUUUCAAAAACGUCAUCGAGACUUCUAUGGAGCCAGAUUUAUCUACUCACCCUUGCGGUUCUUGAAUGAAACCACAUUCGAACCACACUCAGUUUUAUUACGGAAACUCUUGCGCCAUUAUCCCGAUUUUGUGGCAGGUUUUGAUCUAGUUGGUCAGGAGGACAUCGGCUCUACUUUAAAGAAUUUGACGAGGAGCAUCUUGAAGGAAAAGGGAAGAACUAAGUUCUACUUUCAUGCCGGCGAGACAAAUUGGAGCGGUUUUCAUUCCGAUGAGAAUUUGGUGGACGCGUUGUUGUUGGGCGCGAAAAGGAUUGGGCACGGGUAUGCAGUCACAAAGCAUCCAAAGGUUGCAGAAUACAUAAAGAGAAAAAGAAUAGGAAUCGAACUGUGUCCCAUCUCUAACCAAGUCUUGGGUUUAGUGAAGGACAUGAGGAAUCAUCCGGCGGCAGCAAUGUUCACCGACGACUAUCCGAUCGUCAUAGCGCCGGACGACCCGGGAUUCUGGGGAGCCAAAGGAGUCACAUACGAUUGGUACGAAGCGUUUAUGGGUCUUGCAGCCAGGUGGCAAGACCUUCGAUUGCUCAAGCAGCUGGCAUUGAAUUCCAUCGAGCAAACUUCUCUAAACCGAAAACAAAAAUACGAACUGUGGAGAUUAUGGAAUAAGAAAUGGAAUAGAUUCAUUCAUGAUGUCAUCAGGUACAAAGGAAUCUUUCCUGAAGAAAAGAAACCGAAGAAGAAUGCAAUUCCGAAGUAUGUGAAGGCAUUGGGAGAAUAAAACGGAUUUGGUAUUAUAAAAGGGCCGGAUUAAGCGUUUCGUCCUUGCAGAGUCACUUGAAUUAUUCAUUUUUCGACAUG